CCGAACAUGAUCAAACUGAUCACCCGGCUUGAUUGCAAGGCAUGCAAUCUCUGUCACAUACCAACUAGCAUAGCAACUGCACAGAUCUACUGAGAUCAGAAGUUUGUAUUUGGCUACACAGAUCGAAGUCAUAAUUUAUUUAAUGUUUGUUGUUACAGCGUAACUGCACUAUUGUCUAUAGAAAUAUAGAUCUACUGCAUCGGAGUGACCAGGAUGGAGUGGCAGCCAGAUGAACAGGGUCUGCAGCAAGUGCUUCAGCUACUCAAGGACUCCCAGUCCCCAGACACAGCAACACAAAGAGCUGUGCAAGAAAAACUGGAGCAACUUAAUCAGUUUCCAGAUUUCAACAACUAUCUCAUUUUUGUCCUCACAAGCCUCAAAUCUGAGGAUGAGCCCACUCGCUCUCUGAGCGGCCUUAUACUGAAGAACAAUGUAAAGGCUCACUACCAGAACUUCCCUCCCAAUGUGGCUGACUUCAUCAAACGAGAAUGCCUCAACAACAUCGGAGACCCUUCACCGCUCAUCAGAGCUACAAUUGGUAUCCUGAUCACGACCAUAGCCUCUAAAGGAGAGCUGCAGACCUGGCCAGAACUGCUGCCUCAGCUCUGUAAUCUGCUCAACUCGGAGGACUAUAACACCUGCGAGGGUUCUUUUGGAGCGCUGCAGAAAAUCUGCGAGGACUCAUCUGAAUUGUUGGAUAGCGAUGCUCUGAACAGACCUCUCAACAUUAUGAUUCCCAAAUUCCUCCAGUUCUUCAAACACUGCAGCCCCAAGAUCAGGUCCCAUGCUAUAGCAUGUGUGAACCAGUUCAUCAUUGGUCGAGCUCAGGCUCUGAUGGAUAACAUAGACACCUUCAUUGAGAGUCUGUUUGCACUGGCCGGUGACGAGGACAGUGAAGUGCGGAAGAACGUGUGCAGGGCUCUUGUCAUGCUGCUGGAGGUCCGCAUUGACCGCCUCAUCCCGCACAUGCACAGCAUCAUCCAGUACAUGCUGCAGCGCACCCAGGACCCAGAUGAAAACGUAGCUCUGGAGGCCUGUGAGUUCUGGCUGACACUGGCUGAACAGCCCAUCUGCAAAGAAGCCCUGUCUGGCCACUUGGUCCAAUUGAUUCCUAUCUUGGUGAAUGGGAUGAAAUACUCUGAGAUUGACAUUAUUCUUCUAAAGGGAGACGUUGAAGAGGACGAGACGAUUCCAGACAGUGAGCAAGAUAUCAAACCUCGCUUCCACAAGUCCCGCACCGUCACUUUGCAGCACGAAGGAGGGGAGGGCGAGGAGGGGGAAGACAUUGAUGACGAUGAGGACGACGAUGAUGAUACGCUGUCUGACUGGAACCUACGCUGCAUGCAAGGCAUGGUACCUUAUUUGCCUGAGCUCAUCCCCCACCUUAUUCAAUGUUUGUGCGACAAGAAGGCCCUGGUCCGCUCCAUCGCCUGCUGGACCCUCAGCCGCUAUGCCCACUGGGUGGUCAGCCAGCCCCCCGACGCCCAUCUCAAACCCCUCAUGACUGAGCUGCUCAAACGCAUUCUGGAUGGCAAUAAGAGGGUGCAGGAAGCGGCAUGCAGCGCGUUCGCUACCCUGGAGGAGGAGGCAUGUACGGAGCUGGUGCCUUAUCUGAGCUUCAUCCUGGACACGUUGGUCUUUGCUUUUGGGAAGUAUCAGCACAAGAACUUGCUCAUUCUUUAUGAUGCCAUAGGAACACUGGCGGACUCCGUGGGUCACCAUCUCAACCAGCCUGAGUACAUACAGAAGCUGAUGCCUCCGCUGAUAGCCAAGUGGAACGAACUAAAGGAUGAAGACAAAGAUCUCUUCCCUCUGCUAGAGUGUCUGUCGUCUGUUGCCACGGCGCUGCAGAGCGGCUUUCUCCCAUACUGCGAGCCCGUCUACCAGCGCUGCGUCACCCUGGUCCAGAAGACACUGGCUCAGGCCAUGAUGUACAGUCAGCAGCCGGACCAGUACGAGGCACCCGACAAGGACUUCAUGAUCGUGGCUCUGGAUCUUUUAAGUGGCUUGGCUGAGGGACUUGGGGGCCAUGUGGACACACUUGUGGCUCGCAGUAACAUCAUGACUCUGCUUUUCCAGUGCAUGCAGGAUACGAUGCCUGAAGUAAGACAGAGUUCAUUUGCUCUAUUGGGUGACUUGACGAAGGCUUGCUUCCCUCAUGUCAAACCAUGCAUUGCUGAAUUCAUGCCAAUCCUUGGGACAAAUCUGAACCCAGAGUUCAUCUCAGUCUGCAAUAACGCUACCUGGGCCAUAGGAGAGAUCUGUAUGCAGAUGGGAGUGGAGAUGCAGCCGUACAUCGCUAUGGUUCUCAACCAGCUGGUUGAGAUUAUUAAUCGACCAAACACCCCCAAGACCCUGCUGGAGAACACUGCAAUCACCAUCGGUCGACUCGGCUAUGUGUGCCCUCAGGAGGUUGCUCCCAUGCUGCCGCAGUUUAUCCGACCUUGGUGUACGUCUCUGCGGAACAUCCGAGACAACGAGGAGAAGGACUCUGCCUUCCGCGGGAUUUGCAUGAUGAUUGGUGUGAACCCAGGAGGUGUGGUGCAGGACUUCAUCUUCUUCUGUGAUGCAGUGGCCUCCUGGGUGAAUCCUAAAGAUGAUCUGAGAGACAUGUUCUACAAGAUCCUGCACGGUUUUAAGGAGCAGGUUGGGGAGGAGAACUGGCAGCAGUUCUCAGAGCAGUUCCCCCCACUGCUAAAGGAGAGACUGGCAGCCUGCUACGGCGUUUAGAUACACCCACCCUAGAGGUGAGCCAGCAGGAGGAGGGUGAAUGGGAAACUCAUCCAUCUGUGUAUUGCACUGCCCUGAUCUGGGGGGAGGGAGAGGGAUGCUUUUGGCCGCUCCCCCUGACGGACGGCCCCCACGCCCUAUGUGU